AUGAAUGCAGAAAAGUUCUCGGCCAGUUCGUUCCAGCAGGUGCUCGAGAAAGCAAACGAGCAUGCCACCAGGGCCGAGCAGCACGACCGCGACAAGAAGCUGCCGGAGGCCUUCCGGAUGUACAAGCAGACCCUCCAGACCUACCUGACCGUCAUCGAAGAGAUGCUCUUCCAGUGCAUCCGGUUCCAGGAACGCAACGAAGACCUGCUUCGAGCCAUCACCACCUCGGACAAGUACCGGAAGACGCCCAACUUGCCGGACAAGAAGGCGGACGUUGAUGUCAAUGACUUCGAACCGACGUCUAACAUGAACCGCCUCCCCGGCGUCCUUGCCUUCACCCCGGACAAGGCGGUCAAGUGGACCGAUGUCAUCGGACACGAGACGCCAAAAUUCGUGCUCAAGCUUGCUGUCUUAGAUCGUUGUCCCAUCAAGCACCCGAUCAUGUUCACGGGCAAACGCAGGACCCUCAAGUCCAUCCUACUGUUCGGGCCGAGCGGAUGUGGCAAGUCUUACCUCACCAAAGCUCUGUGCGGCUCGGUUAAGGACUGGUUGUGCAUCGACGUCAACAUUGCUACGCUGAUCAAGGAUGCGCCGGAAGGUGCCGAGGAUCUCUACAUCAAGAGCCUCUUCAAGGCUGCCCGUUUGGCCACUUGGGCUGUGAUCAUUCUUCAGGAUGUGCAAGAACUUUUCAAGACCGCUCAGAAAGCGGAAGAUGACCAAAAGAAUCAGAAAAUUAGGCAAAGUAUCGCGGAUGAACUGAAGUUCCUCAACGAUACUUUCACGCAGGAAAUCACAAUAGUAGUUGCCACGACGAAUGCUCCAAAGAUUAUCGAUCCGUACUUUGUGAACGCCUUUCAGAAGCGCAUAUUCCUUCCUCUCCCACGACCGGAGGAGCGCCUGAGGAUCCUCAAGCAGCACGUCGGGAAGGCGCCGAACACGAUCACAGACGAGCAGUGGAUCGAGCUGACGGAUAAGUUGGCGGGAUACACCGGUGAGGAUAUCUUGAGUUUGGUCAUACAGACGUACAAAGACGAAGGGGACCUCGAAUUUGACGAGCUCUCCGUGGCUAUCGAUCAGAUCAAGCCAAAGAACACGGCCGAAGACAUACGGGAUUGCUUCAAGUUCAAAGAGCAAUACGCAAACACCUCUCCUUAA